GUGACGUACAUAGAGGUUGCCUUCGGACAAAGAAUCUCCAGCCUGCAAGUAAAAUUAUCAAAAUAAAACAGAGUCGGCGACCACUCCAGCCAAUCAGAGACCAGGACCCGUUGGAGGCGGCAGGUGGAAACCUGGAAACAGCAGCGGGGCCCCGGAGAGAAGGAGCAUGAGGAGGAAACGGAGCAAACCGACGUCAACAGUCAUGGCAGAAAUCAGGGACAGUAAUGCUAUGAGAAAAGUUCCGCGGUCGUGCUGGAGUGAAGAAGCCGAGGAGGGUUUCGUCGUCCUCUGGCAGCAGCACCCGUGUCUCUUUGACGUCUCCAGCUCACACUUUCACAACAAAGACCAGAAAGAGAAAGCAUGGAGAGAUAUCGCCGACUGUCUUCAACAGCCUGUUGAGGAGGUGAAGACCAGAGCAGCAUCUCUACGUACCCAGUUCUCCAGGCUGAUAAAGCCAAGGCCAGGGAAUGAGGCCAAACCUCUGACCCCGAGGCAACAGUGGCUCCUUAGGGUCAUGGACUUCAUCAAACCAUAUAUUGUACACCGUCCAUGUGAGAUCACUCUUGACAUGCCACUGCGUGACCUGGAUGACUCAGAAGAGCAGGAGGAUCAUUCGGACUCAUUGGAGUUUUCCCCAUUUACAAAACCAGAAACACAAGCACCCAGUACAUCAGCCAGUAAGAGUAAGCAUGAGCCGGACUGGCUCGCCUUCCUCAGAGAGUUCCAGGAGAGAGAGGAGGAGAGGGAAAAACGAGCAGAGGAAAGGGAGGACAGGCGACAGCGAGAGUUCCUGGAGAGAGAAGAGAGAAGGGAGAGAGAGAGGAGAGAGGAAGAGAGGAAGCACAAUGAGAGGAGGGACCGAGAGUGGAGAGAGUGGAUGGAGAGCUUAUUGAAAGAGGAACGGCGAGAAAGAGACGAGAGAGAGAAGGAGAGUCGAGCCAGGGAGGACAGAUUAAUGAAGAUGAUCGAGUUGUUUUUGAUGAAAAAAUAAAACAUUUAUAUAUAUAUAUGUACAUAUGUAUAUAUGUAUAUACAUAUGUAUGUAUACAUAUAUAUCUUUAUAUAUAUUAAUAUACAUAUGUGUAUUUAUAUGUAUAUAUUUAGCUCUCAGGAGUAUCAUCAUUAUUUUAUAGCAUUGCGUUUUUCUGUUGGGUUACAAAAAAGAAAUAAGGGCUAAUGUAUGAGUGAUCACUCCAACAGGUAGCAUUGAGAUAAUAUCCCUCCAUGUUUUCAUUUAGAACCUGAAGGUGGCGCUACACCCCUUUUAUUUUAACAAUCAGGCUACGGUAUAAUGCAUAUGUUAAGCGUAAAACUUAAAGGGGGGCCAAUAGGGGAAGCCGACAUUAACACCCAGAAAGCCGCCCCUUGUGGUCACAGUUUCAAACUUGAAGAAAGGAAGUGGAGCAGUUUUCAGUUGAAGUACUUUGGCAAAGACUGUGCAGGUGGUACAUUGCCAACAUGACACUCAUCUCACUGCCACAUGUGGUGGCUGAGAGCUGCGGAACCAGGCAGCUGCUGGAACCCAAGCCCAGUUUCUUCUCGCUCCUUCCUGCUGCGGAAGCAGAUGAAGCACCUGAAACCACCACGUUUGUCCUUUGCAAGUCACCACAUCAUGAUGUGGUGACUGUGGAGAACGUCACUAUUCUCUGUUCGCAAAACAAUAUAGGAUAUACGACAGAGCCAACCAGUGCACAAGCACAAGGGCCUCAAAUGCCUUCCCUUAUCCAUGGUCCUUAUUAUGAGGCUCUCCAUCGUGGGCCUUUUGAACAUGUUUAACAUGUUUAAUCCAAAGUGAAGGCAAAUACUGCAACUAUGAAAGUCCAUGGCACUGAUUUAACCUAUGGUUGAGAAAAUAACAACCUGUGCAAAACCUAUUUAUUAAUACAAUUAAAAGAGAACAUGUUUUAAAUGUUGCAGAUCAUGUGUCAAAGGUCUUUUUUGUUUUCAUCUAUUUGGUAAAAGUUUCAUCCUAGAGAGUUGUCCAUGUUACGAAUAUCAGUUAAGACAGAACAGUUUAUCCUUACAUUUAUUUCUAGAGCCUUUGUAUUAGACUGUGUAGGUCGGUGUUGCCGAUAAACUGUCUCGCUAUAAUUAGAAUACAUUUUAGGCUUAGUGUCCUUGUAUAACCUGAUCCCUGUGUUUAUUUCACUUGUGCAUUCUGUGCCUGUUAUGGUAAAUCAAUCAGCUGAGUAGGGCUGACAGUGUGCUACUGUCAGAGACUGUAAUAAAUGAAGAGAAGGAUGAGAACGAGCACAGUCAGUGACACAGCAGUCAUUGUCAAUAACAGUCUGUGGGAUUUCUCCAGUUCUGCGAGACACUGCAAGGCAUUAAGAUAUAUGUUGCAAUUAAAAAUGGUCUUUGCUUGUUAUCAUGAGGCUUAUUCCUGCACUUUAUGAAGUA